AUGAAAAUCUUAAUCGAACUUCUGCUUGUGUUCAGCUUAACCUUUCAGGUUACAAAAUUGCAAAUACUAAAUUUGGACAAUACGUACAGUCUUGACAAUAAAAUGCCAAGAAAUUAUUACGGUGCAACAUUCAUAAACACUGAUGGGAUACAGAAACUGUGUACCUCCCAUGCUGACUGUUAUGAUAUGCGGGAACCUAUUUAUUGGUGUCGCUUGAAAAGAAAUCAGCAUUGGACAGAAAAGGGCUGUUAUUGUGAUUCAGUUCUGAGAGCAUGCAUUAUUGAGCGGAUGACUGAUCUCGGUCCAGCGAGUAAAAUCCGCAACUACGCAUACUGUACACCGCGAGCUUUUUGGAAUUGUCCACCUCUUCAAUAUCUAUAA